GCCAGCCAGCUCGGUCGUUCAGUGAGUUGCCGCCUGCCAUUCGGUGAACAAGGAUGUGAAUUCGUUGUCGUUCUGUACCGCUACUGUGUGUUAUUACUGUCUUGUGUCAUGUGUUAUGGAGAGUUUUCGUAAGGGAUAGAAAUUCGCUCAGCUAUGGAGGGCCUCGGAAAGUCUUCGUACGAGGCCAGCGUCUCAGGCGUGCCUGAUAUGACUGCAAUAUCAGACAUCGAUGAAGCAGGAAUUAACAGAAACCUUCAAGCACGCUACCUCAAAGACAUCAUAUAUACAUACACUGGGACCAUUCUUGUAGCUGUCAACCCUUACAAGGAACUGGAUAUCUAUACCACGGACCAUGUAUUCCAGUACCACGGACAGAAGAUGGGUUCGCUGGAGCCGCAUGUGUUCGCGCUGGCCGAGGCGGCCUACAAGAGUCUGCAGACGCAGGACCAGAACCAGUCGUGUGUCAUCUCGGGCGAGAGCGGAGCAGGCAAGACUGAGACCACCAAGUUCAUACUGCAGUACCUCUGCUCGGUGACAAGCAACGUCAGCACCUGGGUUGAGCAGCAGAUUUUGGAGGCCAACACCAUACUCGAAGCUUUUGGGAACGCAAAGACUGUUAGGAAUGAUAACUCUAGUCGUUUUGGGAAGUUUAUGCAAGUGUGCUUUGAUAGUAAAUGGAUGAUAAAAGGCUGUAUUAUACAAGACUACCUCCUAGAACAAUCCCGGAUAACAUUUCAGAGUAAGGGCGAAAGAAAUUACCAUGUAUUCUAUCAGCUGGUUGAAGGAGCAAAGGGGAACAAAGAGCUGGUGGAACUGUACAAAUUAAAACCUCCAGAAUUCUUCAACUACCUCAACCAAUCCGGCUGUAUUCGUAUUGAUGGUGUCAGUGAUGCUAGAAAAUUCGAUGCCCUGAGGCUGGCCUUCAACGUGCUCAGGAUACCAUUGUCCAUGUGCGAUGGAAUAUUCAGCGUUCUAUCAGCGAUACUGUGGCUGGGAAAUACGACAUUCGAGGACAUUGAUGGUGAACGGUGCAAACUGACGGACGAAGAUCACAAAGUGUUGACGACGGUGGCUGGUCUGCUGGGUCUCCAAUUGGAGGACCUGGUUCAGGUGGCUCUGCUCAGGCAGAUCAACGUGCGAGGCAACAUCACCGAAAUACCAUUGAAACUGCAAGAGGCCAAGGAAAACCGACAUGCUAUGGCAAAAGCGUUAUACUCGAGGACGUUUGCUUGGCUAGUGAACCAUAUAAAUACGUGCACAAACCCCGGUUUGGAUUCGACGCGCUUCCUGGGCGUCCUCGACAUUUUCGGAUUCGAGAAUUUCGCCACCAACUCCUUUGAACAGCUUUGUAUCAACUACACUAACGAGAAACUGCACAAGUUCUUCAAUCAUUAUGUUUUUGCUUUGGAACAGGAAAUUUAUCGACAAGAGGAGAUUCAAUUCUCGCACAUAACAUUCACGGACAAUACAUCAUGUCUGGAGCUGGUUGAGAAGCCACCAAGAUGUAUUCUUAAACUAUUGACUGAACAGUGCCACAUGCCAAAGGGAUCAGACACAGCGUACUUGUCGAACUUGCACAACGAGUUCGACUCCCACCCGCAGUACGUGAAGGGUGACGACAGACGCAGGUGGGAGCAUGAGUUCGGCAUAAUGCACUACGCGGGAACAGUCACCUACUCGGUGCAUGGAUUUGUAGACAAGAACAGAGACGUGCAACAGGAUGUCUUCUUCGACUUCAUGAGUCGGUCGACCAAUGAGUUUGUACAGGAACUCACUAUUUAUCAAGAUUUGUUGGGAACGACAGCUGCUAGGAUGGGAAAUGCUGGCACUACCAUGGCUAGAGGCACCAGCAAAGGAAAGCCAACAGUUAGCGAUACAUUCAGGCAUCAACUGCAAGCUCUAGUCGAUGUUUUACAGGCGACAAAUCCUUGGUAUGUGAGGUGUAUAAAACCGAACAUGGCCAAGGCUCCCAAUGACUAUGACGAGAAACUAGUAUUAGAUCAAUUGAAGUAUUUAGGAAUGCUCGAUAUAAUUAGGAUACGAAAAGAAGGCUUUCCAAUUCAUCUUCCAUUUAGUCAAUUUGUUGCGCGUUAUAGAUGCCUGGCUAAAGGUCGGCUACCCAACAAUCCUCAGGAAGCUAUCAGGGCUGUGAUGAAACAAUACUCAAUCAGUCAGAAGUUAUGGCAGAUUGGGAAAACAAAAGUGUUUUUGAGGGGAAGUGCUCACGAGCCUCUCGAAGAUAAUAGAGUUAGGAUAAUUAAUGCCAAAGCCUUAGUUUUACAAAGGGUAUGGAGAGGAUAUAAUGUGAGAAAAGGUUAUUCCUUAUCAAAGCUUCUGACAAAUUUCAAGGUGGCAGCUGCUUUACGAGAGAUCAAGGUCCUGCAAGAAGAAAUCAAGAAACGGGAGAAACUGGAAGAAGAAAGAAAACAACGGGAAGAGGAAAUGAAAAAAGAGGCUGAAGAGAACCUAAAAGCACUGGAGGAGAGUGAAAGCAAACAAUAUCAUGGCAUUGUUGGAAUGGACAGAGGAGCUGCUCAGGAGGAGAUAGCUCAGCUAUCGCAAAUGGCAAUUCAGAUGAACUCGAAGUUGCAGUCAGAGCCGGCAGGAGAGUCUGUCGACUUGGACAACCUCUUCUCAUUCCUCUCCGAUGUUCAGACUGGAAGGAAUCAGAUCAUAGAUGAGAUUGGCGAGAGAAUGAAUGAGCUCGUCUCCGAUCUUGAUGUUGAGCUGGAAUCAGUGAUACAACAGGAGCUGGAAGGCUUGAACAUAGAACGCGAAACUUCAGCCGUACCGCCAAACAGCCUCGACCUGAACCAGAGGCCUGGCGGGGCAGCGGGGGCGGCAACCAUGAAGCCACCCUCGCUCCCCGAGCCCACCGAACCGCCUCCGCCGCCUCCGUUCCAGGACAACAGCGAGCCGAUCUACGAGUCGGUGCUUCCCCGCGAUGAGGACAACUGCGACCUGCGGGCGGCUAACGGGGGCAGUUCGCCGCCUCCGCUGCCUGCGCCGCCUCACAAGCUCCGCCCCAAGUCACCCGGCAUCGAGAGGAUACAGAGAGGGUCGGCAUCUCCCACCACGGUUGCCUCUCCUAAGCAAAGUCGGCCGAGCUCUAGGAACUCCAAUAUAUCUACGGGUAUGCAGCAACACUGGAGGUACAAUGACGAUCCAGAGAGAGAACAAAGGAGAAAGUUCAGAGUUGAAAAGAAGUUGCAAGAAAUGGAAGAGAACCAAGAGAAAACGGUUGAUCCACUGCUCGAAACUUAUUUCGAUAUAGUGGAAUUUGCUCAGAAUCAUUUCAACUCCCAUGAAAGGACGCCAGAAGGUACAAUAAUAGCAACUUUAACAAGGAAAAGCAAGAUUGUUGAAACGAUGCCGAAGUAUGAAAUGGUCACCUACUACCGUGGAUCAAGCAUACCAAACUCUCAUAUUCUGCUCUAUGAUCCAGAUAAUAUUUCUAUUGCUUGUUCCAUAUUUAGGGAUCUUUGUAAAUAUAUUAGGGGAGAACUGAAGACAGAUGGAGAGUUGCAAACAAUUCAGAGUAUAAUCGGUUACGGUCUUGAAAGAGAGGAGUUGAGGGAUGAAAUAUAUGUACAGUGUAUGCGGCAGGCUACAAAUAAUCCUAACCCCGAGUCUCUGGAACGAGUUUGGCUUCUACUCUGCUUGGCAAUCGUCUCCUUUCAGCCUACCAAAUUAUUACACAAGUAUUUUGUGUGCUUCCUACGUAAAAAUAUGCAGACUGAUGGAAAAUUGAAGCAGUAUGUGCAAUGGUGCCUGGACAACUGCAAGAACAUGAAAGCCUCCUGUCGUCAGUACCCUCCCUCCGCUGUUGAAGUUGCUGCGAUGCGAAGGCUGGGCACAAUAGUGUGCCGGUUCUUCUUCCUGGACGGGCGCACGAAGGCGAUCGACAUCCACCCGACCGACACGGCGAGUGAUGCAUCCGUCAAGUUGGCCGACAAACUGGGUCUGCGCAGUCUCGACGGGUGGGCCAUCUACCAGAGCCGGCCGGACGGCGAGGAGCAUGUGCGCGCGCACCACUACCUCUAUGACGUCAUUGCCGCCUGGGAAAUAAAAAUCAACAAAAUGGCGGCUGCCACAACCUCGACUUUCCCGACUCUGAGCAGGAGGAACACGGCUCCCACUCUGGGCAGUGGAGAAAAUCGGUUCAUCUUCAAACGCCGACUGUUUCGCAACAGCAGAGAGAUAUCUCAGGAUCCAGUCGAAGUCAAUAUGCUCUACGCGCAGGCUGUGUAUUGUGUAGUUAAGUGCGAUGACUUCCCAGUUACUGAGAAAGUAGCAUUACAGUUAGCAGGCCUGCAGGCUCAGGUCGCGCUUGGAAAUCCCAAAGAUAAUUGCUUUGAAUAUUAUGCUGACGUAGAAAAUUACCUUCCAUAUAGAAUUAGUCGCAGUCGAGGUGAUGAUGUAUGGGUACCUAUAAUUGCUCAAGCUCAUAAACAGUAUGGAGCUGGUAAAAAUGAGUUGACUGCCAAAGUUUUGUACCUGUCUUGUGUUAUGCAAUAUCCUCUCUAUGGGACAACAAUGUUCCAGGUCACAUACAGAGGAUACUGGUCCUACGGUAACAGUUUAAUACUGGGCGUGAACAGUGAAGGACUGAUGCUUAUCAAACCAGAGGAUAAGUUUGUGAUAUAUGAAUUUCGUUACCAUGAUAUAGAGUCUAUUUUUCUUGAUCCUAGUGAUAGUUUUAUUACGAUUAAUUUGAUGAGGCACCAGGGCGACAACGGCACCUACCGGUGCUUUGUGUUUGAAACGCUCCAGAAGUCAGAGAUCGGCUCGCUCAUUGUCAGCUAUUGUCCCACGCUGGCCGGGUGGAUUACCGAAAAUGAAAUUCCAGUGAAAGCAAUUACGAAUGAUGAUCGAAUAAGACUGUAUCACAGUGUUGUCAACUGUCGCCGACUACUCGUGGACAGUGAGCUGCUGAAGAAGCCUCAGGAUUCGGGAGGAAAUUUCAUCAGAAAUACAUUGAGGAGGUUGAGUAAACAUCGAUUAGAAAAGCUUAGAGCCGAACACAGUGGCUUGUCAGAAUCUUAUAAGGGCUUCUCGCUGUCCUAUUGGCUAUUCAGCAGACAACCGCUCACGCAGAGCCUCAUCAAACUAGCAGAGGCUGACGAGCAGAUCGCUCUACAGAUAUUCCAAUGUAUUCUACAAUAUGCAGGAUUAGGACAGAAUGGCGAAGCAAUUCGACGAGCCGAGGACGAGCACAUGAACCUGGUGCAGACGAUAAUGGAGCACGCGAUGCGCAAAGACGUGCUGCUGGGCGAGAUGUACCUGCAGCUGAUCAAGCAGACGACAGAGCACCCGGACCCCAACUCCAGGGUCAACCUGCGUCACUGGGCGCUGUUGUCGCUCUCCUGCUCGGUGGUGUUGCCGCCGCAGCGCAUCAUCCGCAAGUACCUCAUCAACCACCUCAAGCGCUGCGCCGGUGACUGUGUCACCGAGGAGGGCAAGUACGCCCGUUUCGCUGAGAAGUGCCUGCUGAAAACACAGGGCACCAAACGCCGCCAAUGGCCGCCAUCGAGAGAGGAGAUAAUGUGCACGAUCAACAGGCGACCGAUCUACGCGCGAUUCCACUUCAUGGAUGGGCAAUAUCACGCCAUCGAAUUUCAUCCCUCGGCCACCGCAUGCGAGGUCAUGGAGCUCAUCAAGAAGAAGAUUGGGCUCAGGGAAUCUGCUAUGGGCUACGCGAUCUACGAAGUGCUGGGUAACUCUGAGAGGAGCCUGGUGGCCGAGGAGAAGGUGGCGGACGUGAUGUCCAAGUGGGAGCGCUAUCGCAACGCAAACGCCAACACCAACUCGACGCAACCCAACAAGCCCACCCGCAAGCAGCACCACUUCUUCCUCUUCAAGAAGCACCUCUUCCUCGACCAGUACAUGGACCUCGACGACCCUGUCGAGAAGGAACUGCUCUACCACCAGGUGUUACACUGUCUGCGUUCAGAUCGGUUCCCUGUCACCGAGAAGGAAGCGAUGAUGCUGACAGCGUUGCAAGCGCAGGUGGAACUGGGUGACUGCGAGGACAGUCAGGUGGACUACCGGCCAAUAGCGGCCCACUGCCUGCCGGCUCGACUGGUGCCCAACAUCCCCCACGAGAUGGUCAUGCACCACCACCAGAGUCUCUGCAGCAUCCCCUUGGAUGAGGCCAAGAAGGCAUUCCUCAACCUCAUUCGCAGCUGGCCGCUGCACCGGUCCACUAUUUUUGACGUCAUGCAAUCAUUCACGUCGAACUGGCCGCGAGUGCUGUGGCUUGCAGUGGACCAAGUUGGCCUGCACCUUCUGGAGCAUCGCUCGAGGAAUGUGUUAUGCACCUAUGAGUAUGAGAGCAUCCUGAGCUACAACCCGGCACUCAACUGCUUGAUGAUCAUCACCGGUAGUGUCAAGAAGCAGAGUAAAGUCAUCCUUACUACAUCUCAGGCAUUCCAAGUGGCAAACCUGAUACGCGAGUACACACAGGUGCUGCAGUCUCCACACUCAGUUCAGAGGCGCGAUGUCUCGGCCAAGAAGCGAAAUGCCAACGCAGCUCGCCCUGUCAGCAUUCUGCACAAGCCUGCCCCCGUCAUCGAGCCUCAGCAGAGCUAAGCCAAAUUACAUUAGAAACCAUAUUAAAUUAGCUACAAUUAAUCAUCCAAUACAGUCCCAGUAAUCUCAUAAAUUAGUUAGCAUUUUGUAGUUCAAUUUUGACGUGUAAUUAUUUGAGGAAACAAUAACCUUUGUUGAAGAAAUUUAAUAAAUUUUAUUACUCAAGUUAAACUUUGAAUCAUUUGUGUAAGAAAACAAUGAAUAUGAUAUUAUAGAGGUAUCUUUAUAUCUUAUCCAGACAUUGUAUAGAAAUUACUAUCAUUAUCAAUAUAACAGCCUUAAAAAUAAUGUAAAUUACUGCUCAGAUACAUCCUAAUCUACAAUUUAUCUUGUAAACCGUUUCUCAAAACAUAUUCAUUUUAUUGGUUAAGACUUGAUUAUUGUUAUACAUACGCCAAUAUUUCAAUAAUAAGGUUUAUUGAAUCAAAAAAUCGUUGAAAAUGAAUAAUUUCAAUCUUUUAUACGUAAAAUGUGUCACUGGAUAUUGAGUUUUCUCUUGUUCUUAUUUUGUUAUAGAUAUUGAUCCACCACUUUUUAUUAUGGAUAAUUAUCAUAGAUAGUAAUUCAUCUAUUGUAAAUAGAUAAAUUGAAUUUAUUUCUACAAAAUUAUUAUUAGUUUUCAAAUUCAAGUUGCUCCAAGAUGUCUUAACUAGAAAAUUACUCGAUUUUUUAAAGAAAAUAAACAGAUUUAAAACUACUGUACUAGAAAAUUAUAGAUUAUAAUUCUUUGAAGAGAAUCUAAUGUACUAAAGAUGUAUUAAGCGGAGGAUAUAAUAUAAUAUUACUUUGUAAAAUAUUCCUUCUUAUCAGUGGGAAUUAUGAUGAUUUCGCGUAUAAAUUAUGUAUCUGGCUAUAUUACAUCAAAAUACAAUGAGUGGAAACUCUAUCCUGUAGAUUGGUAAUUUUAUUGCUGAAAUGGAUAUUUAUCUAAAUUCAUGUCAAAACACGAAAAAUUCUUUUAAGUACAGUAAUAAUUUUACAGGAAUUCAUAGUUAAAUUCAGUUCAUACUGUAUCUCAAACUCAUUUCUAUAGAAUAUCACAAAAAUAUUAAUUUUAUAUCAUACUUUAUGCAAAGUAUUUCAUCUUGAUUGAAAGUUUCAAUUCUACUAGGGCCGAAGUAGCUUCUAUAUAGCUAACUGAGUUUAUGUGAAUUAUAAUAAAUGUCCUAGUAUUUUAUCAAGACAAACCUUUCCCGGGAAAUAACAUGUUGCAUUAUUUACAAUUUAAUGAAAUAUAGCCAGCUACAGUACAACAAUUAUUUGUGUGGAAUGUUAUGCUAUUCUGUGGUUUGGUGCUUAUAGGUGGUAUUAUAUAAGACUGUUAUAAUCUGUACAAAAAUAAGAAUAUUAGGCUUUUAACCAAUAUGCAAAUUAUAUAAAUUAAAAUUACCUUAACCCUUAUGAGUUGAGAGUACAUUAACUAUUUCUAGUUGAAUAUCUUUGAAAUGACCAUAAUUGAUUCUUUUGAUGAAUUAAAGAUAACAAACUAGUAUAUUACAAUUAUAUAAAAUAAUAGGUAUCCUCUGAUUAUGGGUGUAGGUAAUUAAUUGAUAUUGACUCAUUUCUCAUACGUAUCUUAAAAUCAAGAUAAUUAUGCUCAGUGAC